UGAGGAAGCAUCGCUGCUUUUGAGAGGAACACUGCAGCUGUACUAAAUCUGGGGCUGUCAGGCCAACCUUCGGCAAAGCACUAAGUGAGAGAGGAAGAGGAGCAGAGGAGGGAAGAAGCAGUGAUAUAAGGAGCUCAAUCUCACUACACUGGGAAGGCAAAAAUGGAAACUCGAAGAGCUUCUGUUUCAGCGUAUCAAACUUCACACAGGAAAAGUGCCUUUGGGUCUCCAGUGUGAGCCUGCUUUGAGUAAACAGGAGAAAAGAAGAGAGUUAUCCUGCAAGGUGAACCCUCACACAGGAACUCCGACUAUCACUCUGCCGACAGCUCAAGUCUGUGCUGUCCUCCCUCCACCUCCCUGCUCCCGGUGAAUGUCUUCUCUGCAUGCACUCCCACUGCUCGGCAGUUGAACACACUCAUGGUCGAUGCCAAGGGAAGGAACAUGAAAUGUCUGACUUUCUUCUUAAUGCUUCCCGAGUCUGUGAAAAGCAAGUCAAGUAAGAGCUCCAAGAAAGGGAAUGCCAGCGGGAGCUCCAAGCUUCCCCCCGUCUGUUAUGAGAUAAUCACUCUGAGGAGCAAGAAGAAGAAGAAGAUGGCAGCGGACAUUUUUCCCACCAAAAAGCCGGCGUCCACCACCACCGUGCAGCAGUACCAGCAGCAAAACCUCAACAACAACAACACUAUACAGAACUGCAACUGGCAAGGACUCUACUCCACUAUACGAGAGAGAAAUUCGGUGAUGUUCAACAAUGAGCUGAUGGCAGAUGUUCACUUUGUGGUGGGUCAGCCCGGAAGGACGCAGCGACUGCCAGGACACAGAUAUGUUCUGGCUGUCGGCAGCUCGGUGUUUCAUGCCAUGUUUUAUGGCGAACUGGCCGAGAACAAGGAUGAAAUCCAUAUACCAGACGUGGAACCGGCAGCUUUUCUGGCAAUGCUGAAGUACAUUUACUGUGAUGAGAUUGACCUGAGUGCUGACACAGUGUUAGCCACUCUUUAUGCUGCCAAGAAGUACAUCGUCCCUCACCUGGCACGAGCCUGCGUCAACUUCCUGGAGACGAGCCUGAGUGCCAAAAACGCCUGUGUGCUGCUCUCCCAGAGCUGUCUGUUUGAGGAGCCCGAGCUGACGCAGCGCUGCUGGGAGGUGAUUGAUGCCCAGGCCGAGCUGGCGUUACGCUCCGAGGGCUUCUGCGACAUCGACUCUCAGACCCUGGAGAGUAUCCUGCAGCGGGAGACACUCAAUGCUAAAGAGAUAGUGGUGUUUGAGGCGGCGCUCAGCUGGGCCGAGGCUGAGUGCCAGAGACAGGAGCUCACCUCGUCCUCUGAUAACAAGAGGAAGGUUCUGGGCCAGGCCAUGUAUCUGAUUCGUAUCCCGACAAUGGCUCUGGAUGAUUUUGCAAACGGAGCGGCACAGUCGGGUGUGCUGACGCUUACCGAGACCAAUGACAUCUUCCUGUGGUACACGGCCGCCAAGAAGCCAGAGCUGCAGUUUGUCAGCCAGCCCAGGAAAGGCCUGACACCCCAGCGCUGCCACAGAUUCCAGUCCUGUGCCUACCGGAGCAAUCAGUGGCGUUACAGGGGCCGCUGUGACAGUAUUCAGUUUGCGGUGGAUAAGAGGGUUUUCAUCGCCGGCUUUGGGCUGUACGGAUCGAGCUGUGGCUCAGCAGAGUACAGCGCAAAGAUUGAGCUGAAACGUCAGGGAGUUCUGCUGGGACAAAACCUCAGUAAAUACUUCUCUGAUGGUUCCAGUAACACCUUCCCAGUUUGGUUCGAGUAUCCGGUGCAGAUCGAGCCGGACACCUUCUACACAGCCAGUGUGGUGCUGGACGGGAACGAGCUAAGCUACUUUGGACAGGAGGGGAUGACAGAGGUGCAGUGUGGGAAAGUGACCUUUCAGUUUCAGUGUUCUUCUGAUAGCACGAAUGGCACGGGGGUGCAGGGCGGACAGAUUCCUGAGCUCAUCUUCUACGCCUGACAGCUCCUGUGUGGAAACUAGACUGAUUUCAGUGCACUUAUGGAAAAUAGAAAAUGAUCACUUUGUGCAUAGUGUCACUUUCUUUUAUUUAUUUUUGUCACUGUAAAAAAAUAAUUGGACCUGUGAAGAGGUCUUUUGUGGUUUUGAUUUCAGAAAUUGGUCCACUUGAGUAGGAUCCCAUACAAAUGUUUCAAGAUAUUGGACUGAGUCCUCAAGAAUGAAAAUAUCUCGCACUAGACGUGCAUGUAAAUAUGGAAAUAUGUAAAUCCUGACAAAUGUAUAUGAUGUGGUCAAAGUCGACCACGGAAAUAUCUUCUAUGAUUAAUAUGCUACGAUAUGUUUAUUAUUUCUAUGCUUGCAUAGAAUGCACAUAUAUAGCAGCAAUACUUCACAUCGUGUAUCCAAAAUAAGCAUUUCAUGUCAACACUCAGUCUGCACCAUUAAAGCAUUUCACCCUUUCCUGACUAAA